AUGGAUUCAGCGAAUUCUUGGACGGUUUUGCUUCUUCUAUGCUCUUUUGCCCUCAUCAGGACGACAGAUUCUCAUGUUUUCUCGCAUGACGACGCACGGAGCUUAAAUGGACCAGUAGCGCAAUCUUUUGUUGAUAGAUUGUUCGAAGAAUAUGGCGCAAACAAAUCAAUGAACCUAAAGCAGUUUAGUGCCUUGCUGAAAGAACUUAAAGUUGGUUCCAUGUAUACUACAGGACAGAAAAGCAGUAGUGAAACAGCUAAGGGAAAUGUAGCGACUAAUGGCGCUGAUAAGGUAAGACCACAUGGGUAACAAUAAAUUUUAGGUAGCAUUCUUUUUGUCGAAGUCUUUAAUGAGUUUAGUACAUAGCACCAAAACAAACCAAGAAACCAUUAUUAAGCUUAUAGAUUUCUGAUAAGAGAUUCGUUUUGGCGGUCUGGCCAAGAAGUCCUCUUUAUUUUGCUUUUCACUGUGAAAUCUCCUUAAUUUGCAGGCAGUAACCUCGAUGACAUUAAAAAUGAUCGAAGUGUAAUCACGCCGGCGGAAAACCACGCCGGCGAUGCGGUGUAGAUUGUGUUAAGACUUGAUCAUGUAGCUUGAAUCACAUGUUUUUCACUUUCUUGAGUUACGAACGAGCCGAGUCUUGCGAAUUUUCUGUUCGACUCCAUUAUUCUUUGUGUCACUGAACUGAGUCGAUCACACGUGGCAAUAUACCACUUGGAUCGAAUAAUUAUUAAUUUUAAUCUUGAUGCUAACAGAUUCUACAAUAUCAUCUUGUAAAACUUCCUCUCAGUAUAAAAUGAUUAUUUUGAACGAUAGGUAUUCUGGACAGAUUCCUUCGUGCACAGCCUUGUCAAAUUAAAUAUCUUUACGAGUCCCAAGUACAUGGCGUGACUUUAAGCAACAUUAGUUAAAGUGGUUUAUAUACUUUUGUUUCCAUGUAGGACGUGGCACUUUUUUCUUUCUUAACAGCAUUGUUUAUUACGACACAAACUGUAAUUAAAUUACUAGGUUUACAUUCCUCCAUUUGAAAUAAUGAAUUUCGAUAAGAUUUACAUAUAUUUUGUAUAAUGUAUACUAAGUAUGCUAGAAAGAGAAUGUGCGAUUUAAAUAACGUUCAGUUUAUUUUUAUAUCAUGCAAGUACCUACUUGAUAUACUUAGCUAUGACGAGUGUCAAAUGAUAUUAAAAGCACGCACACCAAGUGCUACAAAGAGUAACAAAAAGCAGUCAUUGAAAAAACCGCUCUCAGAGUAGUUUUAGAACUUCAGGUGUGAAGCAUGAGAAUUAAGCCCUCUAUUGUAUAUGCUGUGGCUGUAUGGCCGGUAACCGGUCAAGGUUUUCAAAACACUAAAUAACCGGCAGUCUGGUAUUUUCAAUAAAUUUUACUUAUCUAAGAAUCCUAACCAACCCAAACUAUCAUAUGUCGGUUAAGAAAAGUCAAGCGAUCCUGAAAUGCAUCAUGGAUCUCAAGAAUAGCAUUUGGUUUACGCUCAGAAAAACGAAACCAUGUUUUGUGACAUAACUUUUUUCAGGUUGACUGCCGUUCAAGGUUUUUUAAAAAACACUAAGUGACGGGCUGUCCUAUAUUCUCAGUAAAUUUGACAAAUCGAAAAAAAUCCAGCUAAUCUAAACUAUCAUAUGCGAUUAAGAAAAGUCAAGCAAUCCUGAAACGCUUUAUAGAUCUCAAGUUUAGUGUUUGGUUCACGCCGGGCUCAGAAAACAAAACCAUGUUCUGUGACACGUAGAACUUUUUUCAGCUUCCUCUUUCGUCUUUCUUCUUUCCUCUUUCCUCUGUCCUCCUUCCUCCUUCCUCUUUUCUCUUUCCUCUUUCCUCCUUUCUCCCUCCUCCUUCCUCUUUCCUCUUUCCUCUUUCUUCCUUCCUCCUUCCUCUUUCCUCUUUCCUCCUUCCUCCUUCCUCUUUCCUCUUUCCUGCUUCCUCCUUCCUCUUUCCUUGUUCCCCUUUCCUCUUUCCUACUGCUGGCCAUUUAGUGUUUCGAAAAUCUUGACCAGCAGUUGACCUGACAAAAGUUCUAAGUUUCAGAAAACAUCAUGGUUUCAUUUUCUGAGCCCUGAGCGUAAACCAAGUGCUAAACUUGAUACCUAUAAAGCGUUUCAGAAUCGUUUGACUUUUCUUAAUCAACGUAUGAUAGUUUAAAUUAGCUAUUUUUUUCAAUUUGUGAAAUUUACAGAAUCGACAAGACUGCCGGUCAGUUAGUGUUUUGAAAACCUUGACCGGUUACUGGCCAUAUAGCCACAGCUCUAUUUUUAAGUGUUUCAGUGCAUAGUUGACUUAAAGAUCAAGGAUUAUUCAUGUCAUUCAUUAUUUACCCAUUACUUGGUUCUUAUUGUUAUUAGUGUAAACUGCUGGAAUUAUUGUUGGCGACUUGCUCUUUGCUGUGGACUGUUUUUGGAGUUUACCCUGUUACAAAACUUCAUAUUUCCCAAUGAGUUUUUGGCCAGUCAUGGCCCCUUUUUGUUGUUUGCUUUAGGCUGAACAUCUUUUUGGAUAAUUCUGUGGAAUUUUUCCUAAAUUUUUCCUCCUUGUUGAUAUGCAAAUAUGAGGAUGAACAAUUUUUUCAAUUAUGUUCAUCCUGAUAAUUGGUACUCCAUUGUUUCUGCAGUCAUUCAGCCCCUACAUGUAUUUUUGGAAGUACUUGUAUCUUGUAGCACAAGGAAAAAGAACCAAUUUAACACAUUAAAUAAUAUUCCGAAAUUCAGAGCAAAACAGUUAGAAACAAAAUUGAAUAUUUUAUUUGAAUCUCUCGAACUUCACCAAUACAAAGUGCUGGCAAUGGCCACCUUGAUGAUGUGGUACUUGAUGGUAUGAUUUUUGUCAGUAAAAGCUUCAACAUUGUGUGGAUUGAUGUUACGACCCCUUGCCUGGCAGUGCUUGAAAUGAUUAGAAGUUUUAGGGGAUCGGAGUUCUUUGAUUUGUGUUUGAGGGAUCUGACUGCCUCAGGGCAUUAUUCGCAUUGGAUAUAGUAAACUAAGGCCUGUUCCUCUAACUUCUCUGGGCAGUCUUUGACAUGUGUGGCUUGCUGCCAUAAUGAGUCAAAGGACUUGUGGAAGAUGUGAACCCCAUGUGUAGCCAAAAAAGAACCAAAUUCAUUGAAUAACGUUAUUGGCAACAACCUAGUAAGUUUUAUCAAGAGCUACAAAUUACAGCAAAAAGCCGCCUCAUUUUAGUUAAGGAUAUAAUUUGUUGAGGCAUUUUUGUUGCAGUGUUACUCUGCGAAAGCUCUGUUUGUAUCCUUUUCCAUUGACUCAAGUGGGUUGAACCAAGAUUCAUUUGAGAGGAUAUGUCCAGCUAUAGUACAACAAAUUGAAAGUGAAGCAUGUACAGUAAAAAGUGAGGAAGAAGAUGAAGGGGAAGUAGCUCAAAGUAAAACCCAAGGUAAGUAUUUGCUUUUGUCGUUGAUUAACAUUCACUCCUAAUCUUCCCUAAACUUAGCCUGAGAUCAUGCCCUCUCCCUAUUAUCCCUUUAUGUCUCUCACGGGAAGAGGGCAUGAUACAUUUCUUUGUCGGAUCACAUGUAAAAAAGCCAGAAUCUGGACUUUUUUCUGAUUGGAUAGGAAACAAUACGGAUGAUUUGCGCUGUUCCGAUUGGCCGAAAUGCCGCCAUCCGUUAGUUGUUGUUGAUUUCAGUCUGCAUUUUGCUUGCAUAAUGAGCAGUGAAUACACAUGCGAGUUCGUUAUGAAAUUUCUGCCAGCUCAGUUUUCUUGAAUUUGAAGAAUGCCUAAAUAGAAGUUUCAUCCAUUGAAAUAUUUUCCAUCUCAUCGUAUACUAAAACAGUUGCAGUCAAAACUUCACUGAUCAUUUGAAUGGAAUUUGAUACCGGCUACAAGUUACAGAAGCGACAAACAGGUUCACUUUUCAAAUAAUCAAUUCAUGUAUGGAAUCUUGACCUGGACGUAUUGAACAUGGACGUAUUUAAUAAUUUUCUUUUCCCUAAAAUUGAUUUCAAAAGAGACAUUAUUCGCGCCAAAAUUUGAUUCCCGUAUGGUAAACGCUUAUUGGCUAAUAAGAUGACAGGUCAAGCAGACGUUAAAUUAUGUAAAUUAGGGGGCAGUUAACUGCUUGUUAAAUAAAUGUAUCAGGCGUUAUUUUUUUCCCUCUCGAGCCAAAGAAGCAAAGAAGCAAAAAAAAAAAAACGCCUGAUCUCAGGUUACCCUAAACUGUCCAUGUGGAUCCAAUGUCCCUAGGACUAUUUGUGUGACAUCAACUCGCCGUUGAAACAGUUAUGGAUAACUGUUACCCUCUAUUGUCUGCUGGGGACAAGAAGCCCUGGGGGGUGGGGCACUCCCUCAUAUGGCCUAGGUGGGUAUGUGCUAUUGAACAGGGUGUUGUUUUCAGGGUCACUAUUUUGCAUCUUAAACAGGGAGUCUUUUUGGACUGUAAGUCUUAAAAAAAUGAGUGUGAAGGUUGGAGACAUGCGGCCUACAUGAGCGGCACCAACAAUGUAUAUAUUUCCACAAAAAAAUCUAAUUCCAUUCUGUUUGUUCAAUAAACACAUAUGUGUUGUAAAAGUAGGUCUCUUAUCUUAAACAGGGUCAGGUUUUGAAAGGCUCAGUAGCACACCUCUAGCUACACUACCCUUGAGUGCCCCCCUCCCCUCACCCCACCCUCCCUGGGCAAUAUGCAUAACCAAAUGAGCAAGAUUGAGAGAAACAGGCUCCAGAAAACUUCAUAUGACUGUCACUUCAAACCAUACUUCUUUUGAAGUGACAGGUACAAAUGGUUAAAAGGGGUGUGGCUGCGACGCUCAUGCUGGGAUGUAUAGGUAUGUUGUCUGCUCUCUUUAAGGCAGGUUUGUGUGCGGUACAGCUGGUAAAAAAUGCUGUGAGAUAUAAUAUAUAGACACUCAUUUGACAUUAACUAACUGAUGUCUUUUGUAUUUUCGUUUUUAAUGUUAAUUUGUUUCAAGCGGAAAGGCAUAUUCAUGGUACUCGUGUGCUUAAUUUUUGUAAUGAUUUGUGGCAUUUUUUUUUUUAGCAUGGGGAUUUGGUUUCUUGUCUGUGACCAUCAUUAGCUGUGCAUCUCUACUGGGAGCUUUUGUAGUUCCAUUUAUGAAUCAAUCAUUUUACAAAGUUCUCCUGUUGUUCAUGGUUUCUCUUGCGGUUGGUGUGUUAUGUGGUAGCGGAAUCUUUCAUCUCAUCCCACAUGUAAGUAUAUGUAUCAGCAAAUUUAAAAUACAUGUAUGAAGGUUCAAAUUGCAAUACCAUGGGUAAAUUUCUCUUUCUCCCCUUUGUGUCUCUAAUUAAGUCUCUCAGGUAAGAAUGUGGCUUUUGAGAUUUUCAAAGGGCCACAUGAAGCCCCGCACUUUCCCAAAUAAUUUUAUUUUCAAGUUAAAUUACACGUAUAUGGUUCCUGCAGGAUUUUUGGGCAACUCUCUCCAGUUGCUGGGGAUUGUAGGGGAGUGGUGGGUGAAGAGAAGGCAAGAGAAGAGACUUGUGGGUUUCAGAAUGGGGGCUGGCAUUCUCUGAAGUCUGAAAAAACAGACAAUUCCAAGAGCUGAAAAUCCCCUUCUGGAUACAAAUUUCAUCUUCAUUUACAUGAUUCAAGUGUGACCACCUUCAUCCUUGAUCAUUCAGCUUCUGACAUUGCCUCUUAACUCCAACUGUAUCUAACUGUAGUGAUGGAUUAACGGUAGUCAUCGAAAGUAAGGAAUUAUGAUUAAAAUAUUUUGUAACAUUGAAAAUCUAGCACUACUGAAAAUCACUCUUAAAUCUCUCUGUGGUGAUGUUUGGCCUGAUUACUUGUGCCUCAAAUUCCAUAUUGUCAGUGCCUAUAACUUAAGAUCUCUUGAAGCACCAAAGUUGAAUAUUCCAACUGAAAGCAACACUUUUCAGGACUCAGCAGCGAGAUUAUUUAAUACAUUACCUGAUAGGUUAAGGCAAGAGCCUGACUAUAAGAAGUUUGUUAGGUUAGCGAAGAAGCUCAUGUUCUCUGAACGAGAAAAUGUAUGACUGAUUAUUAUUAUUAUUAUUAUUAUUAUUAUUAUUAACCAUGCUAUCUUUUAAUUGUACAUAUUUUUUAUCAAAUCUUUUGUACUUAUCCUUAAUUUAUUGUACAUGUCAUUUUUAAUUUUUAAUUUAAAAUCGGCUUGAUUUUUUGUAAUAUACUAAGUUAGGGCAUUAGUAGGCAAAGAGCCACCUGGUGGAAGUACUACUAAUAAAAUCGAUAUUAUUAUUAUUAUCAUUAUUAUUAUUAUUAUUAUUGUAUUAUUAUUAUUUGCACCUUCCUUUGAAAUAAAUAAAGCUCCAAAUUACAGCUGUGGAAAAAUGGUACCUAAUUCAUUUGAGCACUGAAAGGUAGUGAAUGGGGAGGGGAGUGUGCAUGGAUUCCUUGAAAAUUAAUAAAUUUAUCUUUUAAAAAAAUAUGUCCUAUUUUGGUAGAAAUAUGCGGGAAAAUGAUCUAGAUCUGUGUCUUGUGAUCCUGACACAAGAGUAAAAACCAAUAAAAGAUAGGACCAAAUUAAUAUUUUAAUAUUCUCAGUGAUUCGUUUUUCUCUUUCUCUUGUAGACAUUUGGUUUUGGUCUUGAUGGAGAUAUGUCAUAUUUGUGGAAAUGCCUUGUGAUCGUCAGUGGAGUAUACUUGUUCUUUUUCUUGGAAUAUGUAAUGAAAAUGAUUGUCAGGUUUAAAGAGCAGUCAACAUGUGAUGAUCAUAGUCAAAAAGAAAUGGUAAGUAGUGCUGUGGCAAUAAUAAAUCAACCAUUUUAUUUAUUUUGUUGAGACAAGUCAAGGUUUUCAGUAGUGUUGAAGAUUAUAAUCAGCAGAAUGUACACUGCAGUUAGGUUUCCAACACCAUUUUCAUUUUUGCAGUGGCUAUGAUAACUGUGCAACAGUUACUUGUAAAAUUUUAAAUAUACAAUUUUAGCAGGCCAAUUACAAAAAACGAGAGCUUCCAUUAUUGCCGAAGUCUAUAUGUUUAUAUUGAAACAUUUUUUGAUAAAAAGAUGGCAAACUUCAAGACUCCCAAAAAAUUAAAACUUGAGGCUGUAAACCCUUUGAAAGGUCAUUAACCAGUCAGGGAGUGUAACUUUUACAGGUUGAGUACAUCUUCGUUUCCCAAAAUAAUCAACAGCAAUUAACAUAAACUAUUGCUGUGUUUGUUUUGCUUGAUAUAUACACAUGUAUAUACACAAGAGGGUGCAGUUGGGAAAAUUUAAGACAGGUAUAUGUGCAAAGAUAAGACAAAGUUGAGGGUUUGCAUAACUUUCAAGAAUUCUCCAAGCCCCUCAAGUACUCACAUCAGGCUAUAUAAUAAAAGUAGAAACUCGUAAAAAGUUUAUGACUCACUGUAUUACUUUAUUCUGGGAAAAAUUGUACAAAUUGGUAGGCAGUUGGAUAAACUAAUAUGGGGUAGUGAUAACCACAAGUAUUGCAGGUGGACAGAUACUGUACCAGCAGAUGUGAUGAGUCACACUAUAUAUAGCUAUAAUGCACCAUGCAGUCAAGUGACCUCACACUAAAUUUGUUCUUGUCAAUUCCCAGUGACACUCUUUUGUAGCCUUUAAAGAGAUAGUAUAGAUGGCAUUACUAAUCUGUCCUUCUGUUUACAAUGCAAGUUACUUGUACAUGUAUUUGUGAUUAUUCUGGUUCUUUUUGUUAUAUCCAGGACAAUUCAAAGGGUGAAAUACCUGGAGCAGGUAUCGCUGAUGUUCAGCUGCAGCUAUAUAAUGUGCAACCUGAUCAUCACCAUGCUCUUAACAAUCAUAGCACAUGUAUCAACACACCUUUACCAACUGUUAAAAUUUUUGAAAAUGGGUCAAAACAAAAUGGCUUUUCAGAUGAGGUAUGUCCACACAAACAUUUAUUAACAACUUAGUUAUUUUAGUUACAAUAAAACUAUUGCAAUACAAUUUUUUGUAUGUGUAUGAAUGAGUGUUCAAGUUGCAUUUUGGGAUGUCGCUCAAUCUGGAACUUUCUGAUGGUGGUAACUAAUAUUAAAGAGAGGGAAAAGGAAAAUGGGAAAAAAUUGCCCACCAGACUUCAUUUCAUGAAAGUGACUUUUCAACCCUUUGUUCACUUCUAGACGACGGUGAAGAGAUUAUUUGUCACCAUAAAUUUUAAAUCUGUUUACAAAGUCCCAGUGGUGUUACCAUUAAAAAACCUCGUUGGAAGAACGUUUGCAUAGCAUUUCUAAUGAUUUUACCAAAAGAAUGGGGUGGUGCGUGAUAUACCAAGUCAAUAUGUGCACUAUUGUGUGGUUCUAUUGUUUGCAUUUUAUUGGGUAAUUGUGUAAGGGAUCAUUAGGGACUUCAAGGAACGACUACCGAAGGGUCUAGUACGGAAGUAAUUUUUCCCACCACGCUUUCAUGCCUCUAAGUUCAAGGUACUACGACGGCGACAGCGGUCAAAACGUCGCUUAAUUUUUAAUAAUAAGUCAAUUCACAUUCUUUCAAACUUUUUCGCGAUUAUUACAAGUCGCUUGCAGUGUGAAAUGUCUAUCGCCAACAAAUCCGAAAACUCAGAGACUCCAAUUAAACAGUGUGCUAAUGACAAGUUUAAAGAAAGCUUCUGGAAAGAAACUUAACCCAAAAUCUAACGCCCGUUUUCCUCAGUCCUUGAGUAACACUACGCGAAAUUUUUGGUUGGUUUCUCGCUGGAUGUGUCGCUUCAACGAUUCUCGCGCUACCUACGCGAUUCUCAUAGCGCACGACGAGAAUCGCGUAGUGCGCGACGCGAUUCUCGUCGCGCAGGAAACGAGACGUGACUGGUAACUUACUUUUGAGCAGUACUGUAUUUUGUCAAAUGUAGGCAAACUCGGAGAGGAAAAAAGUUCGUCUUCGCUUGUUGACAUUUUCGUGAAAUUAGGCAUUUUUACGCAUAGAGCGUAUUCACAUGAUGUCAUGGCGGCCAUAUUGGUGUUCCAAGUCGUUCCAAACAAAUCCUGUGGAUGUUGGACUCUUUUCUUAUGUAAGAAAUUUCUUUUGUUCCCAUAAAUUUGCAUAGAUGCUGGCCACGUGAGUGAAUACGCUCUACAGAAGACCAUGGCGGGCCGUAGUAUCUAAGUACGUUUGGUAUUUAGUUGUAUUUUACGUGCUUAGAACGCCAGUGUUUAUUUGAAACAGAAUCGCUAGAUAUCCUUUUUUGGUCAUUCUUGGAAAUUUCUGAAGGCUCAUUUUUCGAUCAUGAGCCCCAAAUUUCGGUGUCAAGCACGACACCCAAGUGAAAAAUACAGCCAAAUACGCAAAAUACAGUUGACGGGAAAGAGGAUAUUUCAUAAGGGAUAUCAUCUCACCAAGUUGUGGGAAUAAGACUCAGUGAUCAUAAAAACAAGCAAGCCCUGAAUUUGCCCAUUCUUCGCCCUCUUUUUAUGAAUGUGUUUUUCAACAUUUCCUUGCCGUAGGGGUCACUGCACGGCUUUAACCUCAGGAGAUUGCGCCAACAUUUGACAAAGUAUAAGCGAGUUGAAAUAAUCGCGCUAACGAAUUAAGAGCGCAAAUAAACUUUUAACAGGGGCACCCAACGUCAACUUUCGGAAAAUAUCUGUUCGGAAGACGAUUUGAGAUCGAGAAUUUUCGGAACAUUUGUUGUAAAAUUUCUUGCUUGCCUGUCUCUCCUUGGAUUUUCGAACAUCUAAAAUAUGGUAUAAUUGCCCAUUUUUAACGGAGUUUUACCCCAAAAAGGUCACUUAAAAUUUUCGGGAGCCUUUUUUCUGGCUGACAUUGUCGAAAAGGUAAGUUUGGACCCUAUAAUUUUCGGAUCACUAGACUUUCAGCUAGGAAAUCCGAACAGAUGAAAAAUUUUUAGGGGAAUAAAAUAUGCCUAUAUCUACCGUUUAAAUACUAAAAUAAGUUUAACAAUGCUAUGUUUAAGUGGUUUUGAACUAUAUUCUCGUUGGGUGCCGCUGUUUUAAGCGAUGUUUUCACUGCUAUAGCCGUCGUGGUAUCUUAAACUCUUUGACUUGAGGCAUUGACGGGUGGCGGAAAAAAGUACUUUCGGUCACCGUACUAGAACCUUUCACAGUCUUUGCUUGAAGCCCCUAUGUUGUGUUCUUUGUGACGUCACCCUAGACUUGCUAUUCACUUGCAGGUAUCGAUGGUGCACCAGCCAAAAAUUGGAUUUUACUGUUAAUUGUUUUUCGUUUUUCACUAUUUGGUCUAAAAGUAUUAAUAUUGUUAUUUUUAUAGACACAACUUUCUUUAGAAAAUGGCAAGGAAACAGUGGGGAAGAAGAAAAUUGCUCCUGUUGCAUGGAUGAUCAUAAUCGGUGAUGGCCUUCAUAACUUUAUUGACGGGUUGGCGAUUGGUGCGUCAUUUUCUAGUUCGACACUUGUUGGUGUUAGCACUGCACUUGCAAUAUUCUGUGAAGAGCUCCCUCAUGAACUGGGUAAGUGUAAGUUUCCUGUCUGAAUUUGUGUCGUGUACACACUACACAUGCAGCCUUCUCAGUUAAGGGAUCAAUGCACAGCAUGGGAUAAUCCAGUUUUAAAUGCAGUCAGGAUUGGUUGCUUAGCACAAAAAGACGUGUAGGAGUAGUAACUGGAAUGCAGAAUAUGAUUUUAAAAAAGUUUUAGAUAUAUUUGAUGCCUCGGGAAAAAUUCAUAGGAUGCAUACUAUAGAGUCUGGUAUGUUGAGAUGGAGUGUCAAGUCCUCACGAUCGUGAUCCGGUUUUGAACCAGUGAAGUAAGUUACUUUUUUUGAAUCGUUCCUCAGGUGACUUUGCAGUUCUUCUUAAUGCUGGGCUGUCAUACAAAGCAGCAAUGGGAUUCAACUUUCUCUCAGCAUGCUCUUGUUAUCUGGGGCUUGUCAUUGGAUUGUUACUGGGUUAUACAACAUCUGCUGUCAAGUGGAUCUAUGCUGUUGCAGGUGGAAUGUUUGUUUAUAUUGCUCUUGUUGACAUGGUAAGUGCACCAUUCUUUAUCAGAUAAAUUCAAAAUUCUCUUAGAGCUAAUCAUUCUUUUAAUUGAGUUACAGUGCUUUAUUCCGCUGGUCAUUAUGGGUAUUUUGUCUCUUGUGCAACAUUGCACUACAUACGAGUCAAAUAAGUCUUGCCAGUUGCAAUGUAGCCUGCGUGAUUGGCGGUUUGUUUGGUGAUGGGGGGAAAAGCUGCCAAAACGAAUGUACAAGAAAGGGCAAUACUUUACUGUAAGUGAAUUAAUUGAUGCCUCCUAUCAAAUACACGCCUCUCUUUUGCUUUUAGGUAUGCAUUAGUCACUCAUAUCUAACAAACGACUCCUGUCAAAGAGACGCCACCAUGAAAGUUACUUCAAAAUACUAGAAAUUGAAAAAGCAAAAAAGGAGCAAAAUCAUUCAGUUUAGUCAGUUUCGUGCUGUUAUUAAACAAGGAUUGCGCUUUGCAUCUUGUUUAAUGUCAAGUACAUGACAGCACAUGCACAAUGACCCUGACUGAGUCUGAAUGAAGGUUCUGACAUCGAGAGUGAUGUAAUUUUUGAAAGAGCAGCUGGGCCUAGACUGGAUAUUUUGCUAUUUAUAAACCGUAGAAAAAGCAGUUAUGAGAGUAAAAGCCUUUCUCUUUUAAAAGUAUCUUAUCUAUUAAACACCUCCUCUGGGACCCCUAAAAUUAAACAACCGCCCAGGGGUCUUUCAGAUCAUAUUUUAAUGCUAGGUUGCCUUGAGUACAUAUUUUACAGCUUCCUCACAGAUUUCAAACUGGUGUCUUUCUUCAUAGCUUGGCCAAAAAUAUAGUAUUUUUAGUACAAGAUGCUUGUCUGGGCACCCUCAAUUAUUUUUUGAAUUGGAGAAGGACACCUCACACCCCAGCCCUUCACACUGUCCACACCCAUAAGAAAAUGUCAAUUCUAAUCAUCAUGCGGACAUUGUUAUGACUAUACUGUUAUUCCUUUUUUAUUGCAGUUAGAGGAAGCUUGUGAGAUGUCAGUUAAGAUCGGACAAGGUUCAAUUCGCAAAAACAUCAAGGCCUUUGCCCUUCAGAACUUUGGCAUGCUGUUUGGUUUUACUAUCAUGUUUAUUUUAGCCCUCUAUGGUGGGGAUAUUGCAAUUGGAUAA